UUAUCUUACAGAGACCUCGAUCAAAUUGUCAAAGAACAGGAAGAAAAAGCUCUCAAGCUACUAGAAGUAGACUACGGAUCAGAAAAUUCUCUUUCUGAAAAAACCAUAAAACUCAAUGGACUCGCAUUUGAAAUGGCAAACAUAGGCCAGAGAGUGCAGUCUCAGCUAACCUCUCUACACGAAACAGUCCGCAAAGAAACAGAGAUGUCCAAAGAGAACAGCAAAAAGUGGGAUCCGUUUCCCCCAGAACUGAUUGCCAGACUUCAUCACAGUACAACUGACGUUAACUGCGAAGUGCAAGUCCUGGAGAGGUAUCUAGACCAAGUGCGGGAAUUGAUAACAAUCGGAGGGAAAAAUAACAAUGGACUUCACACCUUCAAAGGAGUGUUCUACGAGGAGAACAACAAUGAAACAGACGAGAACAAGAAGAAGCGUGCCAAAGAAGUAGAAUUGAUGAGGGGGCAUCUCCAAAUUAACGGAGGGAUACUUGAUCACGAGGGGUUGGUUCGACGGCUGGAAAGCGAUCGUUCAAAACUGGAAGUAGAAAGUUACAAUUACAAGCAAAAAUUAAAGCUAAUAAAGGACAAACUAAACGAGCGUGGGCAGCUUGAUGAAGAACUGGAUUUACUGACCAAAGUAGAAUGCAAACCCGAUGAGGAAAACGAAGAUGGAUUUGCUUUGUCAGAACUUGUCACUUUAAGAAAAGAAAGGAAAGUUCUGCUAGCGACAGUCCAUAAAUUACAAAAGAAAACGACGAAUGGAUACAAAAUGGACCAUCACGAUACCGCCGACGCUGCAGUUCAGUGUAAAAUGAACGUCCUUGGACAGUUAGGGAACUAUGGUGUUUCUCUUUCCAGCGUGGAGGUGGAAGAACUCAAGACUAGUUUACUGACUCUGCAACUGGAACAUGAGAAGCUGGAAGAAAAAUAUAAGUCAAUGGAGGAAGAAAGUGGCAAGCUCACAGAGGAAAAAAGGGCGCUCGAAGACAGCGUGAACAAGUUAAGGAGCCAAAUAACCGAUGCCUUAGAUUCCAGCCUCGAAGAAAUGGAACAAUUACAUCACCAAAAAGAAGAGCUUAAUGGCAAAAUUCAACUCUUGGAAGCAGAAAACAAAAAGUUACGAGAGAAUGUCGUUGAGCUGUCGAGGAAAAAUGCAACACACUUGAAAGCUCUGCUUGACGAAAUUGAACGAAAGGAUUCCCUAGAGGAUGCAGUCGAUUACUUAGGUACCGAGAUUCAAAAGCUCAACGAAAUCAAUAGCAGCAUGGUUUAUUGUGCAGAAAGUGAGACAAGCGUCCCACGGGAAACGGGUGAAAAAAUUCAUAACUCGGGUCUCUUAAGUGAAAUAAAGACAUGCAAAGAGUUGAUCGAUUCUCAAACAGCUCAAAUACGGCAACUUCAAGUGGACAAAAGAGAUAUCGAGGACAGUUUUAUUAACCUAAAGAGAGAGAUUGUUGUUCUUAAAACCAAACGUGGCGAUAGGCGACAAUUGGACUUUGAAAGUGUCGAUAAAGAAAGUGAUGGUAGCAUGCAACCCGCUCGGAAGAGUUCAGUGGAGCGUUGCGAGUUUCUUAAACAAGACAUCCUUCGUCUCACCAAACGCGGAACCGAACUUGAGAAUGUUAUAAAAGCUCUCAAGUCAGACAACUCGAAUUUGGAAGAAGAAAAAGUGUGUUUGCUGGAUUCGCUUUACCAUCAACUGGAGAAGAAUGAGAAACUUGAAGUACAAAUCAACAAACUGAAGAGCAUAAUUAGCGAGAACGAUAUCACUAUAGGAUUAGAUCCAGUAACAACAAACCACCUACCUAACAGCAAACAGCAAAGUGAUGCAUCAAGCGAUGAAGAGACAGACUUCAAUGGAAAUGUUGUGGCUACUGAAAAUAUCACUCAAGUUUCUCCGGAGAGAGACGAACACAGUUCUUCUACCGACGACGGUUUACGAAUGAAGUCAGUUCAGCUGAGCGACGAUCUGAAAGGUGUAAAAGAGCGGUUGCUUGAGAUUGAAAAGGAGAAUGAGAGAAUCAAACAGGAGCUACAGGAGAGUAGGAGAAACGAAACGGAACUGCGAGAAAUGGUGUCAACGAUGAAGAAAGAAGCCACAGUGAGUAAGCAUCAGUUCCAAAAGAAUCAAGAGGUAACUAACACACUCCAAGAAUGUCUACGUGAAGCACACGAAGAGAAACAGGAGCUAGUCGAAUCCCUUGAUGAGGUCACGGAAGAAAAGGCUGCUUUGGAGAAAAAAAUUGAAACGAUGGAUAAAGAGCUGACAUCACUUAAAGAAAAUUAUCAACGAGUGAAUGGCGAAUUAGAGCCAACUACAGCUGGAAUGGAGAGUGUUGAGAAAGCUAAACAGCAAAUGAGAUCUAUUUAUGCCAAACUAUGGGAACUUUACGAAUCCUUGACAGAUAAAGAUAAAGACAGUAGCUCUGAGGAAACCGCCACCGACAUAAAAGAAAUGUCGCUGGAGGAACAAGGGAACAACAUUCUUUCACUGGUUGAAAAAGUUCAACAGGAAGUUACCCUCCUUAAGAAGGAACUUAGGAGAGUGAAGACUGACCAGGAAAACCUAAAGGUCAAAUUGGAAUCGUCUCAAACGGAAAAGUUGUCGCUGCAGAAAUACGUUCGAGAACUUGAUGAGAAGCGAAGACAAGUAAAGAGCUUCAUCACCAAGCUCACCGAGGAGAAAGAGGCAAUGUCAGAGCAAAUAGACGAGAUCAAACAACAGAAGAACAAUUUAGCUGACGCUUUGGAAAACGUUUAUCAAAGCAAAGAAGGCCUGCAGUAUCAAUUGGAAGAUGCUUUAUGUAAGCAGCACGAAAGUACCAUGUCACUAACGGAGGUCUCAGCGGAGGUUCAAAGCUUGAAGAAAUCACUUUCUAGGAUGGUAGAAGAGCGUGAUGCUUUAAAGGAAGCGCUGCUCGAGACCACCACCGAGCUCCACACACUUAAGGAAUCCGAAGCUAAGUGGAAAGAAAAAGUUACUGGAGCUCAAGUCGAGGCAGACCAAAGUGUUGAAGACACAAAAGACGGGAACAAAGAAGAGGAAAAAGAUGUUAUUACUCGCCUACACUUGGAGAAUGAUGGACUGAAGAAACAACUAGAGGAGCUAAUGUCAACUAAGCGCUCCACACUAGGUGAAACUGCUGCAGAGAAGGAAGCUCCAGUUCGGUCAAGCAGCAGCCCUGAAACCGAUCUUAGCGAGAAUCAUUCGCAGGGUGAAAAUGGCAUACAACCUAGCACAGUACUGCAAUGCGAAAGCAGCCCUCCCGUUUACGAAAUGGUUACAACGUUUGACAACAGAGAGUUCGAGCAGCCUCCAAGUAACGAAAACGAUUUGAUAGCUCCAAGUGAGGCAAGUUCAACCCUUGAAAACCUGCCUCCCAGCGAUCAACUGGAAUCACUUGAUGUACGUUACAAUAAAGUGUGUGCAGAAAAGAAGCUACUUGAAGAGGACCUGGAGCGAAGUGUCGAGGAGAUUGAACAGCUAAAGGGCUGGUUUGACUCCAUUUCAUCGGAGAAGGAAAACUUAGAGAAACAACAAGAGUUGAUGAUCAAGGAAAAUAAAGAAAUGCUUACAGAACUGGAAAUAGCCAAGGAGGAAGAGGCGAGACUAAAGCUUCGCAUUGAAGAAACUUCCAAACAGGGGGAACAACUUGCUGAGGAAAAAAAUAAUCUUGAGAAGAAGUGUAGUGAAAUGGCUGAAGAAAAAGAAAGGCUUGCAUGGGAAAGUGAAACACGAACCAUUGAAGUCGCACGGCUCUUAGAGCAAAUGGAAUCACUGGACGAACAGCUUCAGGGAAAAUCGUAUGAGCUUGCCGAAAUGGAGAAUAACUUAAAACAUGUGACAAAAGAAAAAGAACAUCUGGAUGGCUUAGUGAAUGGAAUGAAGAAAGAAAAAGAGGAUCUUAAAGCUAAACUAGAGAAACAUAUCAACGAAUACAAGGCUUUUCAAGAGACUUUAGCGGAAUCUGAGACUCAAAAGACCGUACAAGAUGAAGAGCUCAAAAAGUCCAAGCAGGAGUUUCAAGACACUACAAAGAAGUUAAGAGAUGAAAUCGAGACCCUAACAAGCACGCUGAAAGGUGUUCAAGGGAAACUUGACACCGCCGAGGACGAUUUGGAACUUGCUGAAGAAGAGAAAGAUAAGUUGUUGGUCCAAGUCAACCAGUUUGAAGAAAAUGAAAAGCUCCUUGGGGAUCAAAUGGCUGCGAAGUCUCAAGAAAUCUCCGACCUGAAAGAAAAAGUGGAAAAACUCGAUGGCGACAAACAAUUCCUCACAGACAAGUUUGAGGAAACAAAGAUUGAAAGUAAUUCCAUGCGAGAUCAGCUUAAGGAACUAAGAGACCAAGCUUUGGAUUUGCACGCUCUUAUCGACGAAUCAGUGGUUAAGAAAUCUGCGCAACAAUCUGAAGGUACCCAACAAGGAGAGGCAAAUCUUCAAUACGUUUUUCAAUAUAUUGUUGCUGUCUUAGAAGAAAAGGGAUCUUUAGAAGCAAAGCUCGAGGACGCUGAAAAUUCAAGCCGCGAAAUUCAAGAUGAUAACAAACAGCUCCUUCAAGAGCGAACAGAGGUAACAAUUCAACUACAUGAGGCACUGGGCAAAGAGGGCGUUGAUGAACCAUCGUCACCGACCACGACGCGGUAUGAUGAGACCCGACUGUCACGUGAGAUCAGCGAUGUCCGUAGUCUUAUUGAAAAGCUAAGCUUACAAAAGGAGAAGUUAGGGGCUGCUUUGGCGCACAAGGAAAGUCAAAUUGCUGCUGUAACUGCUGAGGCUGUCGAGAAGACAAAAAUGUUGGAAAAUAAAGAAAAAGAGGCAGAGUCGCUGAGCUUAACCCAAGCGGAAGUGACGGUAGCGUUGGAACAGGCGACAAAAACGUCAGAUGAAUUGCUGGCUGAACUAGAAUGCGAGAAGAAAAAUGUUUCAAGACUGACUCAAGAACUAGAAAAUGCAGAGAACCAGAGUUCAGACUUGAGAGUAGCACUGGCAGAGGCGAAGAGCAGUUCUGACAAGUUGCUCUCUGAACUGGAACGCGAAAAGAACACAGUUGCAAGCUUAAGUCAAGAACUGGAGCAUGCAACGAGCGAGGAAAAAGAGCAUACCCUUUGCAUCAAUAGACUCGAAGAGGAGAAGAAGGCGUUCAUGAUGGCUUUAAACAAAUCUCGAGAGCUUGAAAAGCGCUUGAACAAAGCGCAGGAGGAGAAUAUCAAGAUACGAGAACAGAACAAUGAGCUAGAGGCCAAUGUAGAAGCUCAAGCAGCUUCAAUUUUGUCAUUUGAGACGAUGAACAAAGAAAGUGCGUUGAUAUGGAGGAACGAUCUCGAUGAAAAAGACGAACAGCUUGAAUGUCUUAAGGAGGAAAUCAAGAAGUCGAGCAUUGCAAUGACAGACUUGCUAAGAGUUGUAGAUGACCAAAAGAGUAAAAUUGCUAAGCUCGAAAAGAACUGUGAUGAAGCAGAGAAAUCACAGAAAGAGGCCGUCGAUGAGGUGAAUAAUUUGCAAAAGAAACUGGAUGAGGAGACGGAAGGAAAGAAAGCGUUGGAUGAGAAGUUGAAAGAGGUGCAAGAAAUGAUAGCCAAAAGCGAAGACGAAAACGAAAUUCUUAAGCAGCAGAUAGCGGGCCAUGAUAGAGAAAGGUUGACUCUAGAACAGAGUGUAAAAGAGUUGGAAACUAAAAAUAAAGACAAAGCAAAACGUUUGCUGGACUUGAACUGCAGCAAAACGUUUCUAGAAGAUGAGUGUAAAAAGUCGAACUCGGAGGUAACGUCUCUAAAAGAAGACCUCGCAAGCAAGAGUUCGUCCUUGGAAAACAUUCAAAAGGAACUGAAUCGUUCAAAAGAUUUUUACCAGGAAGGGAAAAGCAAAUAUGAUCAGCUGAAAAAAGAUAGAGAAGACUUGAAGAAGUCUCUAGAUGCUGCAGAGAAUAAAUUGAGAAAAGCCGAAGCCACAACCAGAACGACCAUAGAGCAGAACGAAAAGUUGACAAAGAGGUUAGAAGCCAUUGAGAAAGAAAUGGCUUCUCUUAAUUCAGCAUUUGGAGAAGCACAGAAUAAGGAACGAACUAUGUUGAACGAAGUGAACACCGAGACAGUACGAAUAGAAACCGAGUUGGAGAGUUUAAGACAUGAAUGUGAUACCCUACAAAAGAAAUUGAACGAGACAAUCGAGAGAAAUGGCGAGCUUGAGAAAGAACUUGAGUUGAAGAUAUCCGUAGAAAAGGACUUGGCAAAACUUACAGAGGAACAUAAGGCUCUUAAAGCGUUCUCUCAGAAGUUAGUCGAUGAUAAAGUUGAUCAGGAACAAACACGAAAGGAAAAACGCGAGCUGGAAAAGCAACUUCGUCGCGAGAAGAGCGAGAGAGCGAGUAUUGAAGAGGAAAUGGAACGUCUCCGGGAAGAACACGAGGCUAUUAAAAUUUCGUCCCAAAAUAACGUCGCUCAAGACCAGACAAAUGCCGAUAACUUACUGCAAAGUGGAAAUGAAGAAAUAAUCGCAUGUGUCCAGGGAGGCUUGCUUUCAUCUGAAGUAGAAAUGGAAUACGGUUUAAGAUCAGCUAAAGAUCAGGAGGAUGGUUCUGUUGAAGACAAAUUAUCCAAGGAGCGCGAAUUAAAUGCCGAACUACAUGAAGAAAUAGAAGAGCUUAUUGAGGAGAAAGACGAGCUGAACGAGAUUAUCGAUGAGUUGAGAUCCAAGACGAAAAAACUACAAACAGAUGUGGACACUUUGAUUGACGAAAAGGAAAGCUUAGAAGACAAACUGGACGAGAAUGAAAAACACUACAAGGAAGAGUUGGGAUCACUAGACGACGUAAACAAGGAAUUGUCGAAAAAGCUGGAAGUUCUUCUGAAGGAUAAGAACAUGCUUCGGGAAGAAAUUAAAGCAAAAGAACAGGAGUAUCGAAAAGUUCUUGAAGAAAGGAAAAAGUUAGAGGAAGCGUUAGAGAAAAGCGAUCAAGGAGUAAAAAUCCGCGUCCCCAAGAAAGGUGAUCAAGGAGUUCGAAAUGGCACCGAGGAGAAGCUAACUAAAAGUAAAGAGAAAGUGAAGGAGCUGGAACGUAAGAUGAAUGCAACGCGCCUUGAAAAGCAAGAGGUGAUGAACCAGUUAGGAAACAAAAAGAGUGAGAACUCGACUUUGCGUAAGGCAGUAGAGGAGAUAACUUCAGCAAAAGAGGAAGCUGAAAAGAAACUGCAACAAACGGAGAAAGACCUUUAUGAUGAAAUCGACCAUCUACAGAAAGCGUUGGAUGAGAAGAGCAAUCGCGUUACAUCUCUUGAGGAAGAAGCCAUGGACUAUAAAAGAUCAGGAGGAACUGAGGUGAAGCUGAAGAAACCAAAGAAAGAAGUGGAAGAACUUGAAGAGCUACGGAUCGAAUUGAACGAAAAAGACAAAAAGAUUGACUCCCUUGAAAAGGAGUUUGCUACGCACAAACAAUCGGCAUCGGACCGAGAGCAAGAGAUUCAUCUCCAUCUAGAUCGAAUACAACAAAAGUUGGCCGAUAAGGACAAGAAAAUUGCCUCGCUUGAAGAAGAAAUAGACGGGUUCAAACGAACAAGACAAAAAGAAAAGGGAAACAUUGAAAAGAACAAAGAUGGAACAACGGCAAAGGACUAUGGAGAUAAACUUUCAAAACUUCAAAGCGAACUAGCUGAAAAGGAGAUGAGAAUAGGUUCGCUCGAAGAAGCAAUAGUAGAAUAUAAGCGUUCACGAUUUGAAGAAGAGAAAGAUUUCCAGAUGAAAGAAGCGCAUUUGGCGGCAGCUCGUGAAGAAUUCUACAAAACUAUGAAAGAAAGAUGCGAGGACGAAGAACGAUUAGAAAGUAUAAGACGUGCAAACAACCGCCUUCAGGAGGCUCUAGAACUCGCUAGAGAAAAAGAAAAACGACUGAAGAAAGAACUACAACAAGCAACAGGUAGAGAACGGUCGCACAGCUUGGUCUCUGAAGGGAGGCUCCGAAGUUCUUCGGCUGGAAAUUUGUUGGAAUCCGGAGUUUCCGAGUUCAACCUGAGCCCACAAACAACUGUCACGUCAAGCUCGCUUGAAAAAGCUAGGAAAGAAAUAGCUAUGCUGGAAGAACACGAGCACGAGCUGCGGAGCGAACUAAGGAAAGCACGCGAUCAAGUAUUCGAUCUGCACUUGGAACUGUCCGAUGCGUUACACGCGUUGAGACAGAAAGAACGACUCCACGAACAAGAACGCAAGCUAUUUCAAUCCAGCAUCGAAGACAUGGAGAAAGAGUACAACAAAAUGCGCAAAGAGUUUUCGUCGCUUAUAUCCAUGGAGAAGAACAGGUCUUCGUUCAUCACUGUAGUUGAACUCAAAGGAAGUUUGAAGAAAGCAGAGUCGGAUAUGCUCGAGGCAAUCGCCAAGACAGCCGAAUUGUUAAGUCGAGCAAAGAACGACAUUAGGGAGAGCAGGCGGAAUUCUAUCAGUGAAGAUGCUGACAGAUCCAAAGAGCGCACUAGAAGCUUUAUAGAACAGUCUACACAGGAGAACAAAGAGCUUCUAAAACAGCUAGACGACGCAUGGAAAGAGCGGGAUAGACUUGCUAAAAGACUCAAGCGUUCCGAAAGUGCCCGGGUCAUCUUGAAGCAAAUAUUGAAUGAGUCGUUAGUUGAAGUUGAAAGAUUUAAACAGCUCGUCGACUGUACGGAAAAACCGGAGAAACGACGAAGAGCGAGCACUGGUAGGCAAAAGAAGGUAGUCAAUACGCAAGAAUUAGAGACGCAAAGUGACUUGACGGCAACUGAUUUAGAAGAGGCUGAGCGUCUUAAAGACAGUCUUGAAGACCUUCGAAGGAAUAUUAGAGGUUUAGAAGAGUGUCUAAGCCAGGAAAGAUCCAAGGGCGAAGGAAAUCUUCUUGAUUACUUGAGGGAGAAAAACCGAUUGAAUGCUGAAAUAACCGCUUUGAAGGAGUGUGCGCAAGAAUCUAACAAGAGGAAAGACUCACUCCAUUCAAAGGUUCACGAUCUGCAAGAAAAAUUAGAGCUUGCUCAGAAGGAGAAAACAGCUGUCGAGCUUGAGGUUUCGGAAGUCCGGUUCGAGGUCGAUAAACUUCGUAAUCUGUCGUACGAUGAACGGGCAGAGAAGAACUCAUGGAUACAAGAAAACGCAGAAUUGAAGAAAACUCUACAGGAAACGAGAGGAAAAGACGGCAAAAUAAUGAAAGAAUCGGAAAAAGUGAAGGAAUUGAAAAAGGACAAAGAGCGCUUAUCUGCGGAAAAUGAAACACUGAAAAAGAAUAUGAAGGACCUCAAAAAAGAACUAGAAAAAUCAAACAAAGAUAAUUUUGCUGCGGUCUGUAAAGAACUGGAAAAUGCUAAACACCGAAUCAGUGAAUUAUCCAACGCCAAAGAAAUUGCCAUUAACAAAAACAUGGCGAUAGAAUCUGAACUUAAGGCGACAAAGGAGAGUUUGAGAGCCUUACAAACGGAACAGUACGAACUUAAGAACGAGAACAAUAAUUUGGAGGAAAACUGUAAAGAACUGGAAAACCAAAGAACUCAACUAGUCGAGGACGCACACUCAUUUAAAGUGACAAUGGAAAGCAAGAAUCAAGAUUUGCUGUCCAAGAUAGACGCCAAAGAGCACGAAGCGAUCUCACUGCAGACAAGGGUGGAGGAACUGAGCACACUCCAAAGGAAGCUUGAAAACGACUGUCGUGGUCUGGAAAAAGACAAAGAAACUACUUUAUCUCGAGUGCGACAGCUAGAAUACGACAAGCAGCGCAUAGAAACAGUCAACCGUGAGCAAAGAGCUGAAAUCGAACAUCUUCUUCUUGAUAAAGGAAAUCAUAAAGAGCUAAACGACAAACUCAGGAGCUUAUUCGCGGAGAAAGACAAACUUGAAGAGAUGAACAGGAAGCUGGAGAUGGACGUAAGAGAACUGUACAAGGCACUGGAGACCAAAGGUGAAGAUGUUAACAAAGUUGUCGAAGAAUUAAAAGACAUGGCUUCCAAGGUACGCUACAAUAAUUAACUUUUAUAAGUAUAUAAUAUUGUGUGUUAUCAUUCUAUUCUAAGUAUGUAAUAGUAAAUGUUUUAUAAUACCGUCAUUACAAUCCCUGAUAUGGCCACAUCUUCUUAUAUAAACCACCACGAAUUCUCUGAGAAGACCGAGAGAACGGCGGAAAUCCCGCCUACGUAAACAGUAGCCCCCUUAAAGCUCCACAAGUUGAUUUGAGGAAAAACAUCAAGUUCUUUUGGAGGGAGUGUUUUGAAUUGAUUUUUAUUAUUAUUAUUUUUUUCAUCAUUAUCUUUUAUUUAUUUGUUUUCAAGGUCAAGAACCUUGAAGCUGAGAAAGAAAGAGAAACGUACCUUAAAGAGCAACUGGCUGAGCAAGUAAUCGAGAAAGACAACGCCAUGAAAAUGAGGACUAAGCUUCUCUCGGACCGUUUGGAUGCACUGCUAAAGGAAACGGAAAAUCUCAAAAAUUCUUCAGGGAAAAUGGAGCAAAUGGGAAUCGAAUACCGGCGAUUAGAAGACGAAAAUCUACAGCUCAUAGAAACUACUCAGAAACUAAGGGAAGAGAUCGUGGGUUUGAAAAAGGAGAAUGACCUUCUAAGGCGCGCCUGUCAACAGCUGCGUGGCAGAAAGGCGGUCUCCGAAGAGAAAGAAGUCUCCGAAGUUUCGAGGUCUGAAGUCUCAAGCAGGCCUGUCAAUGGUUCCCUGAAAAAGCUGUCUGCUUCGAGAUUUGAUCCCAUAGAUGAAAGAGUCACUGCUGAGAGGACGAGUGUGGUGAACGGCGCUCCAGACAAGCGUCGCAAAUCUCAUGAUGCAGUUCCAGGGGAUAUAAAGCUUUCUAAAGGGCUGCAAGCUCCAAUGCCCCCUUAUAACGGGGAGGGAAGAGGCAGACAACUUCAGCGAGUUCCCCCAAGAGACAAAAAGCGCUCCCAUAGCUCUCCCGCAGUGAAGCGGUAUCCGGGGUCACCUGAAAUGAAACGACGUGCUGCCCCAAGCUCGAAAGGGCCUUCACCGCCAUCUACAGACUCGAGUCGUAGCUCAGAGACCGAUCGCAGCGUGUGCAAGAGUUCCUACUGCAGUCCUAUCUUGUCAGUGGUUGAAACGUGCCCUCUUCACCGGCAGCCGCCAGUGGAGCGCCCUCCGCCUCCAGUACCGAAUCAGUGCCCCAUUUGUAAGAAGGAGAGAAGAAGACCUGGUAUGGCGCCUGGUAUGAGGCCUGUUGAAUUUGCGCCUUUAGAAAAAUACGUUUAG